CCGGUCGGAUCUGGGAUCCAGCGUUUAAAGCCCAAAUGGCUGGUAUAGAGCGCGUUAUCCGGAUCUUUUUCGGAACCUAGCGUGCGUGUUUGAGUACAGUGUGAAGGGUUCUAUGUCCUUUUAGAUUUCCAAUCUGAGCAUGGCUUGUAGCCGAUCCUAUGUCGUUGAACGUUUUGCCCGACCUUCGUGUACAGAGUCGUCGGAUCGAAACGGAGUUCCAUCUAUCAGGCAUAAGGACUGUGGACACGAAGAGAAGUUUAUGAACCAUAUUCGCUGGCUGACGGUGGAUUCAGUGGGCUACAGUUGCAACGACGUAUUGCCUAUUAUUAAUGCAACCCUUGCUCGAGGUUUGAUAUUACGAAGUAUCGUAUUUUGCUUAGCGUUUACCCGCGAGUCCAUAUGUCAAUCAACUGCCUCGAUCAUUUUCCUUUCCCGACAAGGGAAUCGCGGGUCCGCCCAAAGGACAGAAACGGGUGCAAAUGACCGCUCGAAACGGACCAACGAAGGUAUACGGUAUACAACCCGAGCGACGCACAGGCAAAUCAAAAAAGGUCGAACGGUCUUUUGGCCCACGGACCUUCUCCCUCAAACGAUACCCACUGCAGAAAUCUACACGGGGGCUACGAUGCCGAUAUCGACAGCUUCUUCUCCGCAAGCUAGAACACUAUCCAUACCCACCCCAAGUACCAAUUCCCCGAGUAUACACUCCAGACUGCUCGACAAUAUCUGAGACUUAGAAAGCCCUAGAUUUGCCGUUCAGGGAACAGAGCCCCAAUAUCGAGCCAUGAAGAUGCUGUUUGACAGAAAUUUCGGAGAUGGACGCAGUUGGCAAAUAUGGAUAUAGACAGCUAGCGAUGUUUUCGGCUGGCAGCAAAUUCUCAUAUUUCUAUUAUCUCGCAGUUGGAUACUCCUUUAACUACCAAAUUUGUUUAUCGGCCUGUAUUUAGUCGGCCACGGUCUUCUCUUUUUUUCAACUAUUAAAAGUGCACAUCCCCAUCAGUGGCGCAGUGGUGCAUGUUCUUGAAUGCGUGGAUGCUGCAGUGUUAAUC